CAGACCACAGAGCAGCUGCCAAACGGCUGCGUUGGACAGCGGGGUGGCCAAGCAGGGCCCGGCAGGCAGGGCAAGGGUGACAAUCCCUGCCCCAGCGGGACGGGCACGGCCGUGGGAGCCCCCUGGGUGGCAGGAUGGGUGGCGGGAGGGCAGCAGAUCCAUGAAGAUCCUCGGAGUUGGGGCUCAGGAGCAAAGCUGUCCCAGCUGAGGAGGAUCCAGGAGCGGGAUCGUGGCUGGGAGAGCCCCACCAGGGCUGGGCAGUGCCAGGGGAUCCCGCAGGACCUGGAUGCUGGAGGAUGAUGCCGUGUGGGGCCGGUGGCCGGGUGGUGCUGGCGCUGAUGAGCCUGUCCCUCAGCUUCGCCGCCGAGGAGCUGCUGUGUGCCUGUGACGUGCCCCACUGCAGCCAGCCCAACUGCACGGGCAAGGUGUGCUUCGUCAGCAAGAGGAGGGACGAGGGCACCAUCACCCAGCACCGGGGCUGCUUCUCCCAGAACAUUCUGGAGCACUGCCACACGCCCGUGACGGAGCAGUACGGCAUGAGGUGCUGCAACUUCCACAUGUGCAACGCCAAGAUGGAGAUCUUCCUGCAAGGAGAAGAUGCCCUGGUGAAGACACCUUCCCUUCCCAACCUCCUCCUGAUGAUCUUCGUCCCGCUGCUCUCCCUCCUCGUCCUCGCGGCGCUCACGGCGCUCUUCUGCUGGAAGGUGGCCCAGCACCGCCACAAGCACAGCGACUUUGGUGACACUGACCUCAUGCUGAAGGCUUCCAUGAUGGGAGACAGCACCUUAGAGGACCUGCUGAACGACGACUGCACCACGGGCAGUGGCUCUGGGCUGCCUUUCCUCGUGCAGAGGACGGUGGCUCGGCAGAUCACCCUCAUGGAGUGUGUGGGUAAAGGGCGCUACGGCGAGGUGUGGCGCGGCGUGUGGCACGGGGAGAGCGUGGCCGUCAAGAUCUUCUCCUCCCGGGACGAGCAGUCGUGGUUCCGUGAGACAGAGAUCUACAACACCGUCCUCCUCCGGCACGACAACAUCCUGGGUUUCAUCGCCUCUGACAUGACCUCCAGGAACUCCAGCACGCAGCUCUGGCUCAUCACCCACUACCACGAGAACGGCUCCCUCUAUGACUACCUGCAGAGGACAGCCCUGGAUGUGGACACCUGCCUGGGCCUGGCCUCCUCCAUCAUCUGCGGCCUCGUCCACCUCCACGUGGAGAUUUUUGGCACGCAAGGCAAACCUGCCAUCGCCCACCGUGACCUGAAGAGCAGGAACAUCCUGGUGAAAAGCAACCGGCAGUGCUGCAUCGCAGACCUGGGGCUGGCCGUCAUGCACUCUCAGGGCAGCGACUACCUGGACAUUGGCAACAACCCCCGGGUGGGCACCAAGCGCUACAUGGCCCCGGAGGUGCUGAGCGAGCAGAUCCGCACCGACUGCUUCGAGUCCUACAAGAAGACAGACAUCUGGGCGUACGGGCUGGUGCUCUGGGAGAUCACCCGGAGAACGGUGGUGAACGGCAUCGUGGAGGAAUACCGCCCGCCCUUCUUCGACGCCGUGCCCAGCGACCCCAGCUUCGAGGACAUGAAGAAGGUGGUGUGUGUGGACCAGCAGACCCCCGUGAUCCCCAACCGCCUCUUCUCCGACUCGGUUCUGUCGGCGCUGGCGAAGAUCAUGAAGGAGUGCUGGUACCAGAGCCCCUCGGCCCGUCUCACCGCCCUGCGCAUUAAAAAGACGUUGAAGAAGCUGAACAAUUCCGUGGAGAAGCCAAAACUGGAGCAGUGAGUGCCGAGAACCGGACACCGGAGCCACUGACGGGCGGCACCGGGGACGGGAUGGCUCCGGUCACAGAGGGGAUUCGCUCGCAGCUCCUGCCUCUCCCACUCCUCCUUCGAGCCGGUUGAAUUUGCAAGCACGAAAAAAAAGAAAAAAAAAAAAAAAAAAAAACCCAAACACCAAAGGAGGAAUCUUCCACCCGGCCAUAAAAAUAUCCCUGGAUCCGUCAUCCGACACCGGCGCGUCUCGCUGCGCCCACAGGGACGGCAGCUGCUCGCCCACCCCGAGUCCACGGCGAGGGGCACCGGUGGCAGAACCACCCCUGGCGCACCCCCAGCCCCCGGGGCACCCACCCAGCGCCGGCUCCAUCGGGCCGAGAGCUGCCCGGACCCGCCCGGCGCUGGCAGCGGCAGGAAUUCCCCGGCAGAGCCGCGGUGCCCCGCUAAAGGAGGGAUGGGUUUUGCUGGCAAAGGAUGGCACAAGGGCAGCACCCACCCUGGGCAGGCCGGAUCCGCAGCCUGGAUUGUGAGGAUCCCAAAAAUGAGGGUGGUCUGAGCGUCAGGGUGGGGGUCCCGUGGUGAUCCAGCCCUGGGGGGAGACGUCACAGAGUCAUUUGGGAGGAUUUUUAAGCUCAUCAAUUCAAGCAGCCAGCAUUCCCCUUGCCAAAGAAGUGCCCUCUAGGCUCUUUGCCAAUAUUUUGGUGUUUUGGCUCGGCCAGCUUCAUCCUGCAUUGCUCCUCACCAUCCCAAAAUCCACCCCAUGCUUGGAGAUGUUUGGACAUGACCAGGAUGGGACGUUCAGCAGAACCAGCUUUGCCACAUAACUAUUUAAUUAUUAAGAUUUAAUAUAUUUAAUAAAGUGUAAAGCUAUUUUAUCACCUAA